CACUGGGUCCCGUACUGGGACGCUUGUCCGCUCACACGACUCGCUACGUCCGACGUGAAGAUGUACUCGUCGUGCAUUUUCGCACUUUGUGCGUUUUUGAAUCUUAACAUCGCGUUCGCUGCGCAGCCCGAUGGCAAUUUAACAGCAGGUCACUGUCCGCGGCGUCUGACCGUGGUCCCAUCACAGAAAGGGUGUCAGUGUGAUGACGAUUGUCCUGGACCCCACAAAUGUUGUGUCUACGACUGUGGGGCCGUUUGUGUCCCCCCUGCCUUCAAAAAGCCAGGAGUGUGUCCUCGCAGAAAAUGGGGCUCAGGAGUGUGUGCCGAGUACUGCUCCGAUGACAGCGACUGUCUUAAUGCUGAGAAAUGCUGCCACAAUGGAUGUGGACACGAGUGCAUCGAACCAUACACAGUGAAGCCAGGCCGCUGCGCUCUCCCCCAGGGGACCAACAUGUGCGCCGAGUACUGCUACCAUGAUGGUCAGUGUCCCGGGGAACAGAAGUGUUGCAGGACCACCUGUGGCCAUGCCUGCAGUGAGCCUUGCUGACCAGACAACCAGAGAUUAUUGACAUUCGUCUGUGGCCACCGUCCAUCAACACUCAGUGCAACUUUUGUGUAUUUUGGUUGGAAGAGAUCGGAUGAGUAAAGCAUAUUAAUCUUUCUAUUGUAGCAUCACAAGAUUUUUUUUCCCAAGGUUCCAAGAUGCAGAAUAUGGUCUUUGAAACAACAUUUGUGCAUUAGGUUGCACAGUCAGUCAAAUUCAACUUUUAAUCCUGAUCCUUGAAUGGAUAUGAAAUGUAUUGUAUUUUGUAUUGGAUGCAUGUGGGGUUCGGGGAUGUGGGGUAUUUUGUGCUAGCUUGUAUAUGAACAAAUAAAGCCAUUUUUAGAAAGA